CAAAUAUCUCCGUCUGUACGUUCGUGUAUCGGUGUAUGGAAAAUGAGCAAGGAAAAGGAAAUUUAUAUCCCCUGUGAAAUCCCAUUCGCAGUCAAGAGAGGUGAAAUCAGGAACAAUGUUCUUAUUAGAUCAGUGUGUGCUGAGCAAUUCACACAUAAUGAAGGUUGUGUACCGAGGGUGCUGUCAUGUGGUCAUACGUUCUGCGAGGGUUGCAUUGAGAAACUAAAGAGAAUUAAAAGAGAUAAAAAUUGCAGCGUAGGACGAUAUUUCCAACCAGAUUACAGCGUCUCUUGUCCGCGAUGCAAGAACAAGACGGUGUUGAACACACGCAGCAGUACUCUGCCCAAGAACUACAGCUAUCUUGACCUCAUUGAAGACGUGUUGGAAAAGCAGAAAGACAUUUGUCCACAUCAUCCGGACUAUGUGCUUGAUAUGUUUUGCCACGACGAUGCUGAAGCAAUUUGCUUACAUUGUGCGAUUUAUGGGCAGCACAAGACACAUUCUUUCUCGAGGUUGUCAGGAUUUUGUGAUCAUCAGAAAACGAGUCUGAAAUAUCAACUGAAGUGCGCUGAAAGUUUGAUACGAGACUGUUACAGUCUUCGGGAAGAGGUCGAGGUAAAAAAAGAGAAACUCGCAGCGAAAUUUGACAAAAUGCGAGAUCAUAUUACGUCCAUUUUUAAUUCUAUUCAAUGCGAAGUGAAGAAAAUGCUUGAUGAAAAGUUAGAAAGUGUGUUAAAUGAUUUAGAACGGUGGUCAAAGACUCAAAUGACUCUUUUGGAUGAGAAUUUAAUCCAGUUAAAUGUUCAUGAACUGGAGGUUUUAAAAGACAAGGCAAACUCUCUCCUUGAGAAUGCAAGCGAGUGUGAAAUUGCAAAGGAAACCCAACUCCCUAAUGACAUACAAGCAUCUCUCAAAGAUGUUCAAACUAGAAAACUUUAUACACGACAUAAUUAUGAAAUAAAGAUAGAUUCCUGGGAGCAUAUUGCAGAGACAAUGAAAGAUUUAGUUAAUGCAUGGAACUGUCAAGUUAAAGAGAAGGAAACGUUGUCUACCAAGGUUAUCCCGUCUAUAUUAGAGAAGCACUCGCCAAGCAUUGAGAGCAGUGUGUGUGUCCUCUUUGAGAAUGAAGCAGUUGCAAAUGAAAUUCCUGACGGCCCUUUUGAAGGGAUCGAUUUCACAUGUGAAAAUCUUGAAUUCUGAUAAUCAUGAUAUCGUAUUAAAUGUCUGAUAAAAUCCAAUACACCACCCAUAAGCUGGGACAAAAAGAAUACAACUUUAAUACAUUAUAAGGUAUCACUGGUAUUCUGGUAAUAUUGUACAUAAAUAAAUUAAUUUUUUUGUUUAAAAUUUAUCGUAUUGUAAAAUAUAAUAAUUAAACAAGCGUCAUUCAAUAGCCACGUACACUGCAGAAAGUUUUGACUCGAAAACUAAAAUUACUAAAAUUUAUAAGCAACAAUACUCAUUUAUAUUCCCAGUUAUUGAGUAAAGUAAAUCUUGAGUAAAUUUGAAAGUUUAGUGGGUGCAUAAUAUUUUACUAAGUUGUUGAGACAAAAUAUUCCGAGAUAUUUUGCAGUGCACUGUUGUAGGUAUUCAAAUUUAAUUUUCAAAGGAAUAAAAGUAUUAUUUAUAAUUCCUCUCUGCUACGCUUAACAUUAAUCACUAUUGGUGCGUUGUUUCCACAAUGCAAAAGAACUAUUGAAUUAUGACUGAUCCGAGUAAUUCCUGACUUUUAUACCGGUUUCUUGGCCAGAUGUAUUUCAUUCAGCAUCGUCGUGGAUAAUGAGAAAGACGUGUAGAUAAAGAGGUUUCACCGUCAGAAGACUCAAUUUCUUUCGACAAUAAUUGGUUGGCUUUUUAUACCUGGAAAAAUUAAACAUUCUCAAUACAAAGUCCCUCACAAUGAAGAUUUAAAGGACCACUUACAAUUCUAGGCAUGCUGGACCAGCUUUUAUUUCAUCCAUUUCCAUAAAUGUCCAGCACUUGGUACUGAUUUGUUUUCUCUUUGGCUUAAAAUGUUUAAAUUCAAAAAAUAUUGCUGUUCCUGCAAAAGAAUAAUUUGAUACUUUCACUUUCUUAUUACAGCUAAUUGAUACUU